AAACAAGGCCCCCAGGGGUCACGCAUGUACGCCCAAAUCUCGCCGGCGCCCGGUCCCAGACGAAGACAAGCCCCCGCCACUCCUCUCGGCACAGUGCAGACACACCGCCGUCGCCACCUGCCAUGUCUGCGCGUCGCCGGGGUCCAUGCGUCCAUGUUCGUCCAGCUCCAGCGGCAGGGUGGUGGUGGUGGUGGAGUGGACUGUGGACUGGUAUCCUGGCGGGGAUCGGGACGGAGCCCGCCCAUGGCACCGGCGGCCCCCGCGCGGGGUCGAUCCAUCUCUAGGCCGGCAGGCAUGCAGUUGGAUCCCCCGCCUCCAUGGCCAUCCCUCGCUGCCGCAUGGCACCCGUGUGCGCCCGCGUGCUGUCAGCUGGAGCUGGUGCAUGCAUCCCAUCGGCCGCGGCUGCGCGCCUCAGCUAGUGUUCAUGCGACGCGACCGAUGGGGGGCGCGCUGGAGAUCGCUGAUGUGCUGCAGUGAUCUGAAGAUGCUUUUUAUUCGGAUCGGAUGUACAGUACAGUAGCUGCUCUCGCUGUGAUCGGUUGGAGCUGUCCGAGUGGGACAUGGACAGCGACGGGGAGCGCACUGUUGCGGGCAUGGCAUGGCUAUAUGGCCGAGAUGGACGUCCCGACGGGACGCCGAUCGGUCAUCGAUCGUUGCAGCCUGCAGGCGCAAGAAGAUUGACCCAGAGCCCAGGCACGAGGCAUCUCGCGCUGACCGGCGGCAGGACGGAAUGGGAGUCGGGUGGCCGGAGGAGGAUCGGUCCGCCGACCGCCGGUCUAUGGACAGCUAUCGAGGCCUCGCCUCACCGCCUGGCAUUUCGCUUGAGCUUGACAGCCUAAAAGCGACGGCGCUAGUACGAAUGGUUUUUAACAAGCGAAAAGCCUCAGGUUUUGUCUCUAUGAUAAUCUGUUCUUUCUUUGCGGCGCAUUCAAUGAGUCGGGCUCUCGCAAGUUGCAACUGUGGUUGAUUUGCAGCUGCAGUAGCAGUAGUACAGCCUUCCGCGUUAAUGCGUCUGAAUUGGUUCAGGUUACUGUGCCUGCGGCAGCUGCUGCAUGCCACAGCAAAUGUAAUUAGCAGCAGCAGUGCAGGCAUCAUGGUUCAUGGCGGUGUACCCGCUACCGCUGGAUUGUUUUGACCGACCCGUACUAACAA